UUUUUUUCAUCGCUGUCACUCUAUGUCAUAUAAUUGUUUAUUGGAAUACUUAUUUACAUACAUCUUGCAAAAUUUUAAUUUUUUCACACAUUAAUAAAAUAAUUCUUAAAUUAAAAACACAAAAAUAAUCUAGGUUUGAUAUCUUUAUUGCGGUUUAAUUUCUAACCAGAACUAUCAUGCAACCAAACGACAUUUUCGCUCCAGAUUCUGCUUACAGUCCGGAUCCGGAGAAAAUAAAUGGCGAGGCUAAUGAAGGAAAUAAUGAGUCGAUAAAUAUUGAAUACCCAUUAGAAUCAAUGAGUUUUGAAUAUAUGAUAUGGACAAAUAAUGAAGAAUCUGAAGAAAGCAAUUUAAACAGCAUAAUGGAUUCGUCGACGUCAAUUUCAACAAGACCAAAUAAUGUAGUUAGAAAAGAUAAUAGAAAAGCUAACCGAAAUCGCAAUAUAGAUUUCAGUUCAUUUGACAAAGAUGGUUCCACCAAAGAUCUGAAUCCUCAUAAUGCAGACAUAUUAAUCAAAUAUAUGACAAUAUUACUCAAAGAUGCAGAGCAAAAACAACGUGCAAUCAAACGCUUGCAAGCAGAAUUUGACAAAAAAUCCAAAGAAGUUGCGAACUUAAAGGAUAUAUAUGAGAAAUUAAAGAGAAAGAGAUAAUUUCGCAGUUUCCUUUGUACAUCACUGCUUGAUUGAAAAAUGCGUUAUGUUAAGUUUUGUUAAAUGAAUCAAUCAUCUUUAUUUUUUUUAAAUUAUAAAAAAUAUUGGAAAAAAUGCAAUUGGAUAUAAAUUUUUGAAUAUUCAUAUUGUUAAAAAUUUAUAAAUUUUUAAAAAGUUUGUAACACAAAACAGAUCUAGAAUUCAAAAUUUUAAUAUCAGGUUAAUAUAAGAAAACACUUGUGAAAAUUGCUAUGUUAAAUUACAUGAAAGUAAAAUGAAGUAAUUAAUAUUGUUUUAA